AUGCCAAGAGGGUCACGAAACGUUUCACUUCGUUUUAGUGUCGAGACCAUAAAGUCCAUUGAACCGAGACCAAUUCACCAUUGCAGACGCUCAUACUCGCAUCCAAAGGCAGAUUUCUCGCCUGAUCCCAUCCUCUCGAUUCAUGCAGACACCGAAGUGCUGAUUGGAAAGAAGCCCUGGCCUUCUGUCAAUCCUAGUGUGGUGGAAACGGAGCCCACUAUCUGCGUGGUAUGUGGAGUUGAUUUUAAAACGCGUUCCGUACUACACGCACACCUUUCUGAUCACAAGCACCUUGUGGGAAAGGUAGAUAAGUACAAGAAGGUGCCGCUUUAUGAAUGCAAAUUGUGUGCUGCAGAAAUGAACUGCACAACAGUCCUGCGCCAUCGAUGCUUUGUCAAGCACAUUACACAGGUCUCUGAGGUGGAAGCGCUUAUGAAUACUGUGGGAAGCCCUCUUGUCUGCAUCUUUUGUAGGGGUCGAGUUCUGCCUUCGAGAGCCCAUUUAAUUGCUCAUCUAAUAUCGGCUCAUUCUCCACAUCGCAAUCCACUGAAAUGUGUAUUUUGCUGUGCCAAGUUUAAAUCAGACAAUCUUCUCAUGCAAGAAACUCAUGUUUUUACACAUCAUGUACCUGAACUGAUAUUUUUAAACAGACUUGCCUACUUUAAGGAAAUUAAAACGUCCAGUGGAUUGACAGUGGAUACAAAAGACCCAUUCUUGUGCCUCUAUGAUGCCAGUAAAACUGAAAGCUCAAGUUGGAUUGAUGCAAUUGUUAUGCGUUUCAAAGAUUCCUGGAAACAGAGUGGUAGGAGCAAAAACGAGGAUGACGUAUCGAAAAGUGCUGCAAAUUCUAUGUGCUAUAAGGUGUUCAAAAACCUCGCGGAAUACACAGCACACAUCUACUGUAACCACGCGAUACUACCCCACUCUCGUGAUAAAGGCAAAGAACUCAACUCCAGCGAGUUGAGGCAGCUCGAUGCAGUUGAGAGGGGACUGCCCGGACCCAGUAUACGGGAACUCAUG